GAGGAGGAGAAGAGGAGGUGAAGAGGAUGAGUAGUCUGUUGUCCUCUCCUGCUUAAACCUCACACUAGAAGAGAAAAAGUUUUUAAAAAAUGUGCCUCACGUUGAUUAUUCUUUAAGUGGAGCUAGUUUUACGUCGAAAACAAACUCUGACACUUGUUUCGAAACCUGAACUAAAAAAAAAAAAAAAAAAAGUGAAUAAAUCGGGAAGAUGUGCAGCUGCUCGUUAACGUGGACACUUUGCCUUUUAUGGCUCUUAACCUCGAGCACCGCCUCGUCUGACGAUGCACCGGUGGACCUCGGAGGCGAGUCCGGCUCGGGGAUGCUGCAGACAGAUGAGGUGAACAUUCUGCAGGAGCUUUCUCUUCAUGUGUCAAACAGCAGCAACGCCUCCAUGACCGUGGAGGACAGCAGGUGUCCAGUUCUACAGUUGGGACAGUACUCCACCUUGGCUCUUCCCCUACAACAGCUCUUCACUGAUGGGUUCGCAGAUGAGUUCAGUUUACUGGUGCAGUUUCGGAGUCCUCAGAGAGAAGAACGUAGCGUCUUCACCAUGCUCAGCCCCGACAGUCACGUUAUGCUGCAGCUACGGAUCAGUGCGUACGCCAUCAUCUUCAUAGGAACACAACAACGACACUAUGAGUUCCCAGUCAGCGGCCUGUCUGAUGGAAAGUGGCACCAUGUGGGUGUCAGUGUGUCUGCCAAGCAGCUGGCAGUGUAUGUGGACUGCUCCCUGCUGGAGAGUGUGGACUGGGUCUACCACAGCAUGGGGAUCAGCACAGACGGGCUGCUCAUGGUCGGAGGCAUCAUCGAGAGCUUUGAGACGCCAUUCGAAGGUCAUCUGAGACAGCUGACCUUCCUCAUGGACGACCCAAAUGCCGCCCAGCAGCACUGCAGCCACCACCCACCCCGCUGUACUGAGAUGUCCCCCAAGCCUCCUCGCUCCACACGCACCAACAACAUCCUGGAGAAUAGACUGCUGUCCUCAAAUGACCUGGAGGACCUGCUGGGGAAUCCUAAGGACGAGUCAUUUUUGAGUCUUGGCAGAAGCAAUGCUUUCCUGCGCCAAGGGAGUCCUCGAGGGGAUGGGACAGUACUUUCUGGACCCAAUCGGAAAGGUUCAGUAAUUCGUGGGGAUGUCUUUCUAGUGGACGAGGACACUGACCUGUUGGAUCCAAUCUUCCAAAAUGGUGGACAAGUGAACCCCCAGUGGAAACCUUCCAGAAAUGACCAGAAAGGGAAGCCUGAAACGUCCUCUAAACAUUUGGAGGAAAACAUUACCACAGAGAAGAAGACAGAUUCGAGUGGGAGGACUUCAUCGCUGUUCCCCGGAAAACCUUCCGAUGACAUAAUUGACCUGGACACCGGAAACACACCCAAGAAGCCCUCAGUAGGAUUUCCUGUCCCUCCUAGGAUCUCUUCACCUCCCACAUCAUCCACAGACUCCAGCAAACUAAGGGAGGAGACAGAUGAUCAGACCAGGACAGUCUCACCUACACCUCAUGUCGUUACAUCUGACCCAUCUGCAAAGGCAGCAUUUGAGAAGGGGGGACCCGUGACCACGCAGAGCACCACACACUCUGAUCAUAGAACCAGGCACCGUGGUAAACUGCCAGACAGGGAGCGCCCGGGAGCUGUGACCAUCGUAUCCAUAGAAGGAGACCUGGUCCGGAGCUCAGAUGGCAAAAUGUACCGGCUCCAGAGAGGACCGCCGGGUCGAAUGGGUCCUCCUGGGCAAGAAGGCUGUCCUGGUGAGCCUGGCCUCCCUGGGUUUAAAGGUGAUAAGGGUAAAACGGGACCUUUAGGAAACCCAGGAAAAAAGGGGGAGCCAGGACCUCCUGGACCAGCAGGUUUACCCACCCUCUACCUGUGGAAGAAUACUGCUGAGGAAUGGGCUGCCUUUCAGCAAACCAGUUUCUACCAGUUACUUCGUGCUGGUUGGCCUACUAAAGAAGGUCCUGCAGGACCAUCUGGAGAGAUGGGCAACCCUGGCAUGCAGGGGCCGCCUGGUGAACCUGGGGAGCGUGGACAACCUGGGAUGCCAGGAGAGAUGGGUGAGCAGGGUCUCAGGGGCCCUUCAGGACGAGUCGGGGCCCCUGGGAGAGACGGUGAAAAUGGAGAAGAUGGUCAGCCCGGGCCACCUGGUGCUCCUGGACCACAGGGCCCCUGGGGAUACAGGGGAGAACGAGGGUCCAAAGGGGAGAAGGGUGAUGAGGGUCUCAUUGGCCUCAAGGGUCCCAGAGGGGAAAUGGGUGAAACGGGUGAGAAGGGAUCAACUGGUUUACCUGGCCGACCUGGUCUUGUCGGACCACCAGGGCCUCAAGGGAUCCGAGGUGCCUACGGGCCAGAGGGGCCCCGUGGGCCUGAUGGGGAGCGUGGACUGGACGGUCCUCCAGGUCUGCCAGGACUGACGGGUGCACCAGGUGUUACAGGACAUGUUGGCGCUCAAGGAGUUAAUGGCUCAAGGGGAGACAUAGGACCUGCUGGCAGUGUUGGCCCCAAAGGCCCACAGGGGCCUCCAGGGUUAGAGGGACAGAUUGGACCUCCUGGACUCAGAGGGCCCCAAGGACAUUUAGGACUGAUCGGUGCUCCCGGCCCUAAAGGAGAUCCUGGGCCUGUGGGGCCCAUGGGUGCCCGGGGGGAUCCCGGCUUUGAGGGGCCCAUGGGCCCUCCAGGGCAGCAAGGUCCAACAGGUUUUGCCGGGGUCAUGGGUAACAGAGGACCAGAUGGAGACAAGGGGGAUCUGGGACCUAAAGGCAGCAAAGGUAUUCAGGGGGCAGCAGGCAUUAGGGGUCCUCAGGGAGAGAGGGGCCCCACCGGCUUCCCAGGUUUCCUAGGGACCAAGGGCCAGCCUGGCUCCAAAGGUCCUGAGGGCUCAAAUGGAGAAACUGGCCCUCAGGGAAAACAGGGCAGCCGUGGGUUAAAGGGGAACAAGGGACCAGAUGGACACAACGGCAAACCGGGACCCAGAGGGGGCAAGGGUCGAACUGGACAGAGGGGCCACACUGGCCCGCCAGGCCCAUCGGGUUUGCAGGGGCCACCUGGACCAGAGGGAGCAGAAGGAAAGCCUGGUACACAGGGUCCCUCGGGUGCAGCUGGCAGCCCCGGCAGUAAAGGACCGACGGGUUUUCAAGGAAUUGCAGGGGAGAGAGGAGCCGAUGGUCCACCAGGUUCUCCGGGGCCACCAGGGAAGACAGGACCCCCAGGUGUACCAGGGCCCCCAGGAGAGAGGGGUUUCACAGGGAAGCCAGGCAUGGAGGGACCUCAGGGCCCAGUAGGCAUGUAUGGUAUCCAGGGGAACGUGGGCAUGCGUGGGACUCCUGGUUUCAUGGGAGAAAGGGGUGAGCCAGGUUUACGAGGUUUACCUGGGCCUCUUGGAAAGCCAGGACCUCCAGGUCUGCCAGGUCCUCCUGGAGAGAAGGGACUCCAGGGACCUCAGGGUCGACCUGGAGAUGAAGGACCCAAAGGGAUACCGGGCCCAGCAGGCCCUCCAGGUCUUCCAGGUGCUAUUGGGGCAACUGGAAAACGUGGGCCCAGGGGAAGCAUUGGGCCCCCAGGACCUCAGGGGCUACAGGGGCCAGCAGGAAUCCCAGGCCCGCAGGGUGCAGACGGGUUAACAGGAGCAGCAGGGAAAAGAGGACCCAAGGGCUUACCUGGUUCACCUGGUGAUGCUGGUCCUGCAGGACAAGAUGGACAACAGGGUCUCCCGGGCCAAACAGGAGUUGAGGGCCCACCUGGACGGAAAGGAGACCAGGGGGACUUAGGGGGCUGUGGGAAACCUGGUCCUUCAGGGCCCCCAGGAGAGAGAGGAUUGGGGGGCCCAAAAGGCCUGCAGGGACCACCUGGACCAGUGGGUAAAGAGGGUGAUGUCGGGCAUCCUGGUGAAGCUGGAGAUCCCGGUCCCAGAGGGGAGAAGGGUGGGAUGGGACCUCAUGGUUUGUCUGGUCGAGAAGGCCCCUGGGGAGCCCUCGGAGAAAUUGGAGAAAGGGGUCCAGAGGGAGCAAAGGGCCACAUUGGACUAAUGGGUGAGCCGGGGCUGAUGGGUGAAGUGGGACCUGCAGGUCUGAGGGGGUUACAGGCAUUGCCAGGCCCUCGUGGACUUCAGGGGCCAGAUGGACCUCAGGGACAGAAGGGGGAGUCUGGGCCCUUAGGAAUUACUGGACCUCCUGGGUCCAGGGGCCCUCAGGGAAUAAUGGGAGCACAUGGUGUCAGAGGAGACACAGGGACGCUGGGACCACCUGGUCCAGUAGGACAAGUUGGACCUCAGGGAGACCAGGGGGCUAAAGGUGAACCAGGGGCACAGGGAAUGAAGGGAGAACCAGGAGCUCCAGGUCCACCUGGGGAACAGGGUGAGGAUGGUCUGCCCGGAAUCAGAGGUCCUCCAGGUCUCCCAGGGUUUGAGGGGCCUCCUGGAGAGAUGGGACCCCAAGGUCCCCCAGGUCCCCCGGGGGCUUCUGGAGCGCAAGGAAGACCAGGACCUGAGGGGAAACAAGGAAUGAAAGGGGAGAAGGGAGACGAUGGCAAGAAUGGAUCCCCAGGGAAAACUGGUCAUGUUGGCAGGAGGGGGAAACGAGGGAAGGCUGGAGUUAGGGGCACCAGGGGAGACAGAGGACCAAAGGGCAAAAAGGGAGACACAGGACUGGAAGGCCUCCCCGGGUGGCCAGGUCUCAUUGGAAUCCCUGGGUUACGUGGAGAGCUGGGGGAUCAAGGGAAAAAGGGAAAAGAGGGUGAGAAAGGAGACAUGGGACUGUCCGGACCACCAGGAACUGAUGGCACGAAGGGAAUUCGUGGUCCUGUUGGGUUGCCAGGUCCAGUGGGCCUAAAGGGAGAGCAGGGGAGUAUUGGUCUUCCAGGGCAGAGGGGUUUACCAGGGAUGCCAGGAAUGCCUGGUUUGUUUGGAUUAAAGGGUUUGAAAGGAUACCAAGGUUUGCCCGGUCUGCCUGGCAGGAGAGGCCUCCCGGGUCCACCUGGUGUUCCUGGACCUCCAGGACAGUCACUCAACAUGACUUUGACUCAACUCAAGGACCUGAUGUAUGUGUCCGAUAAGCCCAACUAUCCCCUGAUCCAGACCCUGCUGGACUCUCUGCAGCAGGAGCUUCGGCUGCUGGUGGAUCCUCCUGAUGGCAGCAAGGAGCAUCCAGCCACCACCUGUCUGGAGCUGUGGCUCUGUCACCCUGAGUACAGCAGCGGAAUGUAUUACAUCGACCCCAACCAGGGCAGCCCGGCUGACGCUCUGCUGGCUUACUGCAGCUUCUCUUCCACAUCAAAACAGACCUGCCUUCAUCCUCGAGACUCUCAGCUGCCCAUGAAAGCUUGGAUGAAGGAAUUUUCUGAGGAGGGAUCUUUUGAGUGGCUCAGCAGGUUGGAGCAGGGGUUUCAGUUUUACUACCCAGGUGCCAAUGUGGUCCAGAUGCGUUUUCUGAGGUUACACAGUAGCACUGCCGUCCAGAAGGUGACCUACACCUGCCAUCCAGGACACAGGCAGGGCCAGACAGACAGAGACAUCAAAUUUCUGACUGACACAAGGAAGCAGAGUUACCUUGGAGCACUUAAAGACUGUGUGCCCGGGGAGGAGAUGGUUUCUGGACCUCGUGAGUCUGUGUUCGAGUUUGAGGACCUUCAGCUGCUUCCUCUGAGAGACUUGGCACUAAUGGGAGGUGGAAACUUCACAUAUCAGUUUGGCUUCACUGUCGGACCUGUGUGUUUCAGCUAGAGGUGCUAGAAGUCUGUGCCGUCCCCAGAGGACUCAUGGGUCCAGGACACAAACUUCUGUUCAAGACAUGGACACCAAGAGGACAACUGGAAUAUAUCCUCCAAUUUCUGAGGACGUCACCUCCUUUUUGUUAUGUAUUUGGGGAUUUGAUAUCUCAAGUUGAGUGACUCCAUAUUAAUGAAUUUGAGAGGGCACAAGGGCCCCCAACUUUUUCUUUCACAGAGAAGUCAAGUUUGUUUACAGAGACAUUUAUCUUGUAUUGAAUAAUUUAAAAAUGUAUGUUUUUUUUAUCCUUUAUAUACGGUGUGUUUUUCCUCUGUUUGAUUUUUGUUAUGUAUUCAGGGCUUCUGUUAUAGCCUGCCCAUUGUGUAUAUAAAAGCCAAACUGUCCCAACUGACCUCUUAACAAUGUGUUCUGAAUGGGGACACAGCUACUGUCGUCCCAUUGGCCUAAUGUGACCAGGCCAGUAAAUUCUCAUUUGACUGUACAUCCACUGCUUUAGUGCUGCAGGUGAACUGAUGUGUCACUGUUCUCAAGGUGCUGAUCAACAUUUAUGUGAAAGACCAACAUUUAUUUAAUUCCGAAAACAGUCAAAGGGGGUCAGUCAUAUUUUACAUACUUGAUGCUGUCUGUUGUCAACAGCAAGACCCAAUUUCCUCAUUUUAUUGAAAUACAAAACAGCGUAUUAGAGCAUAUACAGUUUCAUAUAGUUGUUUUUUUUUUUUUUUCACAUCUCAGGUAUAAAACUUUAAUGAUAUAUACAUGGGCACUGAAGCUGUUGUUGCCGCAGUAUGUUGGAUCAGUUUUGUUGUUUAGUUCUAAAACAAGACAAAACAAAACAAGCUUAAGAAACAUUAAAGGAUAAAUCCAUGAAAGGACCAGAACCAACAAGGGAUUGAUUUACGAUCAAGUAUGGCCCCUGUAGACAAACCCUCUGUACCACAGAGCUCCACUGUUGUCCAAAACUAUUAAAAACACAUCAGUGAGCCACACUGUUACAAUGGGUGACAUGUUCCUUCAUUACAAUGAACACACACACUGUAGUUUCUUUCAAUUCAAUCCCACACACUCCAUCCUGCUGCUGGAAAUAGUCAGUGGAGCAGCAAAUGUGUAUUAAUGUGCAGUUGGAAACGGUUCCCAACAAAGUCACUAUUUUGUUUGGUUUGUAAUGUUUGACGAAAACUACACCGCCCAGCUGUUUUAGACUUUUAAAUAAACAAAAUUAUGCAAUAUUAGCUGUUUUUAAAGAUUUACAUUUUCAAGAGGAACAAAUAGGUUUGGGAAACAGUUCCACUGAUAGUAGGGAGGUCAGGAAGUAUUCAGAGAGGAACUAGCACAAUGAUGGUUUUGGUCUUUUCAUGGGAUUUACUGACAUUAAGAAAUCAGUAUAAUAACAGCAGCCUUAUCCUAUAAAGUGAUGAACUCCUGCACAUUGUUAAUAUUGUUACAGUUUCAGUCAUCGGUCAUUGUCAGGCUUUAAACAACAAUACAAUACGCAGCAUGUUUGUAAAAUAGCCACAGUCUGCAUCAGCCACUCACGAACUGGGUCAAACAGGAACACCUGAGAUGAUUCAACAUUCAACAAUCUGUCAGAAUACAAACACAGAAGGGCCAGUCGACACUUCUCAUUGGAGAUUAGAAAGUAUGAAAAAUGAUUGCUUCCCAAGCACAAAAGUGACUGACGUGAGCACAAAAUGGCAUUUCAGUCUGGGCAUUAAGGUACUGUUUCCUCCCAUUUCCCUGAAAGUCUAUGACAAAAAUGUAGCAGCUGCGUUAGUACCACAUUUCCUCUAAAUUUCAUUCUCCUACACACCUGUCUAAUAGGUUUACAUUACAUUAUUUACUAUUUUAACCAUAGAAAUGUUAGAUUCAAAUUUGUUAAGGUGAUCAUCUCUGUUUUUUUCUAUGCUCAUGUAACCAAAAACUGAAGUUAAGCAGCCAGAGCUCACAGAUCAACUUAUUUCCUCACAGAACAAUGCUGUAGCUUCUUUCACUGUACUGUAAAGAUCAGGCAUCGGUUUGGCUGUAUAGUAAGUAAAGCGUAGCAGCCCAGUCCUGCAUAGCUUCUUUGGCCACUGGUGGAAAAAGAAGUGCCUAUUACUCCCCCACUUAGUAUUGAGUAAUUGCUGUCGGUUUGGAUUUGUGCUUCAUUCAAUCUGAGAAGUGCUUGGGUGCAGAGAAAAGAAGCAAGCCUUGUAGCUUCUCAGCAGAGUCAGGAUCUGGUGUUUGUGUCCCAGAGCCGGUCAGCAGCGAGUGAUGUGCGGACUGUACAUCAUGUAGAGUCCAAAGAGAGUGGUAGAUACAUUUGAGUAAGAUCUCAGGGAGUUUGUGGUGAGAGUGUAGUCUACCAGCUCUGAACCUGGGAAAACACCAAAACUUAAUUUUCUUCCUGAGAUGUGCCACUAAUGGAGAGGAGAUGUACUUAAUUUUAAUGUCAGCCACAUUAAUUGGAUUAAAGUUCACUGGUAAGCGUCUUAGUCACAGGUCUGCAAAUUCUGGCCUAGGGUUUCUUUUUUAAAUGUUUUUCAUUUUUGUAUUCAGAUUUGUCAUAUCAUCAUUCCACAUGAUUGCCUUAGCUGGCUGAGACUGAUCAUUGUUACUUUACUUUUUGUACAAAUUGUCUUUUUUUUUUAAAAAAAUGAAAUGACAUGCUGGACAUCUGUCUUGUGUGAUCCCUCCAUCAGCUCAUUCAAAGAAUUGUGUCAGCUGAAUUAAA